AUCUGCAUUAAAAAAAAAUCGUGAAUUAAAAAAAAAUCAUUCAUGCAUUAAAAAAGAAAAUCAUGCAUUAAAAAAGAAAAUCGUGCAUUAAAAAAAAAAAUCAUGCAUUAAAAAAAAAGAAGAUAGUUUCGUUAGAUCAUUAUAAAUUGGAGUGGACCAUCCAUUCUUAUGUUCUCCCUCUCUCCAACCUUCAUUUUCUCUCUAUCCUCCACCUAUCCCUUCUCUGUAUUAUAGAUAUAGAAAAUGUUUUCCAAAGUCUUUCCUAUGUUUUUCAUAGUGCUUCACUUCACUUGCGAGGUUUUCAAGAAAGUGAAGUCCAAAGUGUUUAACCUGUUUUUCAAAGCGUGUCACUUCACUUGCAAAGUUUUUGAGAAAAUGAAGGCCAUAGUGUUUCACAUAGUUUUCAUAGUGUUAUCCUUCACCAACGAAGUUUUCGGGAAAUUGAAGUUCAUAGUGUUUAAGUUUUUUAAGGAACAACAAUUAGAUUUUUACUGUGCUGCCUUCAAUGUCCUGCUAGAAUUUGCAAGUGCCACAGUUGAACAAGUUGGAAAUGAAAAAAAUAUAAUAUACUCUUACGUGGGGCUUGGUUUUGCGGUGAUUGCAUUUAGUUUUGCAAUUGUAGAAGUUGUAUGGCUGAAGAAAAACAAAAAACCUAUUGCAUUUCUAGAAGUUUUUGGUCUUAUUUCUACUUUAGGCCAACUUAUGGCAUCUAUUUUGGAAAUAAUACUUAUUUUAUACAAAAAAGAGUGGAGGCUUAAGUUUUCCAUUUUCUCAGCUAUGUUUGCCAUGUCUACACUUGCUUUUAAGGUUUUCUCAAAAAUUACUGUUUUGUAUUUUAUAAAUUGUGAUUAUUACGGUAAAAUGCGGAUGAUGGAGGUGGAACUGAAGAAUAUGAAGUCAAGGGAGAAGGUAUUUCGUUGUCAUGUCUGUGCUCUUCAUGACCAUCCCAACCACUGGAAUUCCUAUUGGCUCGAUAGUGUUGCCGAUGAUGAUCAGAAGCUUUUUAACGGUGCUGGUGCUGCUCAUACUGUCGAGCCAAUAGAUCAAAUUGGGUUUUAACUCGUUUGCUGAGAAUGGAUAGAUGAGCAUCAUAAUAUGUGCUGAUUUAAUAUUGGUUUUGAGAUUAUUCCAAGCAGAUCUAAUUGAGCAUUUGUGGCAUCAACAUGGAGAUUUGUAAAAACUUUAUGUAUUAGAUAUAGUUUAUUUAUUUUGAAGUUUAUUUCCGACUUUGCUAUUUGUGAUUUCCCCCUUCCCGAGUUUGUUUCUUGAUCUUUGUAAGGUUUUUGCUUAGUUAAUUUGUGUUUUUUCAGUUCUUAAAUUGAUAAAUUAUCAACGAAUUUCCUUUAUGUUACAUAUAUAUAUAUGUAUUUUCUCCUGCUCCA